AUGGUCAAUGUGGCAGUGUUGAAGUGGAGACUUGACAAAGCCAACCGCUUCCGCUUCGGCCUGGCCGUGGCUUGGUCCGUGAAGCAAGAUGGCUCCGUCGAGGAGAGCAAGAACCUGGGAGUCCACGUGAAGCGCUUGGACGACGACCCAGAGGCUUGUAGCAUCUCCCUGGAGAUCACCAUCCUCAACAAGAAGAAAGGGCAGGAGUUGACGCUGUGCGACCCAACCUACCACGGCAUCUCAAGGAUGGGAGCUCGAGGGUGGUCCAGGUCCUUCGACCUUGGUGACAGCCGGCGCCACGAUGGAGUCAAGGGCCUGCCCCUCUCCGAUGUGCUGGAACCGCAGGCUGGAUGGCUUCACAACGGCUCCCUGCGGGUCAUGGGAAAGGUCUCGGUUGUGAUUGGCUUCGAUGCAGGCACAGCGCCCGUCGCCGAGGCUAACGGCCAGCAGGAGGUCUGUGAGUCCCUCCAGGCCUUGCUGCAGACGGGCAACCUCUCUGACGUUGUCCUCAAGGUGGGCAGCGAGACCAUCGACGCCCACCGGCUGAUCCUUGCCGCGCGCUCGCCCGUCUUCGAGAGGAUGUUCUCUUGCCCCAUGAAGGAGACAACUGACAACGAAGUGCUGGUCCAGGACUUCGAUGCCAUAUCGAUGCGCGCACUGGUCAAAUACCUUUAUACGGGAGUCGUGGACCAUGUGGGUUUGGAAAGCGACGACUAUGCGGUGAACUUGCUUCAGGCAGCUCAUCGUUACGAGGUUCCCGGCCUCGUCGACCGCUGCGUGCAGGUCCUCGUCGGCCGCCUCAGAGUAGAGACGGCCGCCGAACGAUUGGAGAUGGCAGAACUGCUGGGAAACAGAUACUUCAAGGCUCAGUGCCUGGAGUUCAUUUCGCUGCGGCUGGGUGAUAUCCAAGCUACAGAGGCUUACAGCCGCCUUGUUUCGCGGCGCCCGGCGCUGCUGAAAGAUCUGGUCGAGGUCAUUGUGCCGCCUACAAAGAAGACGGCUGCUGAGGAGACGGCGCCCGCGGCGGCAUCCAAGCGCAGGCGCCUGCGAGGAGGUGCUUCGCGCUGA